GCGUGAUUUAUUGUAGCCAACUCGACAUUUCUGUUCAACAUGUCUCCGUCACAGAUUCUUCUCUGUCAUUAGAAGCGUCUGGAUUUUUCGCGAAAACUACUGCGUUUUGUUAGCAACAAGCUAGCGGGCCGUUGUCAGCCAGGACCCAGAAAAGCAGCAUCAUCAUCAAUGGUGUGUCUACAUCCCGGAGCCGUCACAUUUUCCUGUGUCCGCUCAAUGAACCAUCUCCUCAGCUCUCAUCACAGCUGCACAUGUAUGGCGUUUGCGAGGCUUGGAGGGGAGUUUUGCCAAGCCCAGCACCUGCUGCUUAUUGUGGACAAGUGAACAGGAGACACCAGCCAGGCGCACACACUGCCAUUCACGCGCACAGGUCCUUACUGCCAUCCUGUUCAACCCAUAUGAAGACAAGCCAAUCUCCAGCCUGUCAGCUGUCCUGGGGAGUAGAGGAGGCUUCGGUUUUAUCCCAGGAGUUUCCUCACAGUUCUGCUCCUCUCGUACUUUUCCAUUCUUUUGCUCCGCUUCGUACAAGUCUUCUCUGAAUGGGCUAAUAGAUUUGAAAGAAAGGAAGGACAGAUCUUUAUCUGUCUUCAGUUUUUUUUUUCUUUUGGACUUUGGGUGCCGUGUGUCCAGUCUUUUUGAUCCCACUCUGCUAGAUUUUCAAGUUUUUAACCAAGCCAAUUUUAGUUUUUUGUUCAUUGCCAAGAAAAGUUUAGAUUUUUUUUCCUAUCUCCUCCCGAAGAAACUUGUGUCAUUUUUCUUUUUUAAUUCAGAGUAGGAAUUGUCACCAAAGGAGUAUUACAUUUUCCUAUAAAACACACAAAUGCAUUAUUUAGUGAAAUUAAUUCCAACGUGUUUUUUGUCUAUAUUUGGUCCUUGAGCAGUUUUUCUUUGAAUUAAAAGGUUUUUUUAAACAAUCAGAAAACCUUCACUUUAGUUCUUUUGAAGACUCAAAAGCACAGUACUUCCCUGAUCUUUUUUUCUUCAAACCUUUGUGGCUCUAAAAAUGAACCGACCGGCUCCAGUAGAAAUCUCUUAUGACUGUCUGAGAUUCCUCAUAACGCACAACCCCACCAAUGCACAACUGGGCAGAUUCAUAGAGGAUCUGAAGGCAUAUGGCGUAAACACCCUGGUGAGAGUGUGUGCUGCAACAUACGACAAGACGCCAGUGGAACAAGAAGGCAUACAAGUCCUGGAUUGGCCAUUUGAUGAUGGUUCCGCCCCCCCAGACCAGGUGGUUGAUGAUUGGCUGAACCUGCUACAGACGAAGUUUAGAGAUGAGCCUGGUAGCUGUGUGGCUGUGCACUGUGUUGCUGGACUAGGACGAGCUCCUGUGCUGGUGGCCUUGGCUCUAAUUGAGUGUGGGAUGGAAUAUGAAGAUGCUGUGCACUUCAUAAGACUGAAGCGUCGCGGAGCAUUCAACUCCAAGCAGCUACUUUACCUGGAAAACUACAAAGCUAAACUGUGUCUGCGCUCCAAAGAUGCCAACGGACAGAGCUGCUGUAUACAGUAGGAAUCCACAACCCCAUACAUCUUCACUGCAGCUUCACAGGAGACUUUCCUUCUUUGAUGUUCAUGGAGUUACCUUGUUUGAGUAAAAAUAUUUGGUAACAUUCUACCCUGUUAGAAUUAAUCAAAAACUUCAUGUAUUCCCAAAUAUUCAAGGACCUCACUUCAAAGGUUUAGAAAGUCUUCUGAAAACAUAACCUUCUUCUGCUUCUGGUUUUACUUAAAAAAGAACUAAAAAAUUGAAGGUAUUCUUGGUCUGUAAUCUUACCUUAAUUUGCAGUAAAAAUACUUAAAGGGAAACACAGAUAAACAGAAUUCAUUUCAACAGUCAGCAAAAUCACUGUGAAAUCAAAAGUCAUUCAUUCCAGACGUCACCCUCUCUAUUCACUGUUACAAGUGCAGCUACGAUAAAUGCUGCUGACGUUACCAGACGUGUUCUGAGUUACAACUUUGACAUCAGGAUCAGAGGUUAUAGAAAAUUCUGUGUCCGUAGGCAGUUAUGUUUGACAGUUGAUUGAUUAUUCUUGUAAUGUUAAACUGGUCUGCUGCUUGGUAUUUGUUCUACACCACAAUACUACAAAUGCUGUAUAAAUAGUUGGCAGUGUGUGCUUUCAGAGGCUUGCUGGAUUAUUGCACAUCAAUCCACACAGUGGUUCAGACUGCUGAACUUUUUCCAAUCUUUUCUUACCGACCACGUCAGCAUCCUGCAGCCUCAAUGUGGCACAGAUUAUAAAGCAAGUUAGAAAACGUACAAUAUUUAAGAGAUUUGCUUAAAGAAGAAUAAAAGUUUUAAAAUAAUUUUAAAAAUUGCUCUCUGUUUGAUGCAAAUGUGACGUAUGCUGUAAUAAACAACAAUAUGAUCUACCUACCUAUUAUAUGUCUCAAGUCAGAGUCAUAGGGGCACAGUCUCCUUCUCUAGAACAAACAUGUGUUGGCUGUAAAUGUUUGACACUGUCCGUCAUGAUGCCACAAAGUCAAGAGGGCCAACAUGUUAAAAGGUGGUGAAUGUAUUCAUAAGUGAACACUUAAAGGUUUUGGUAGAUUGUCCUGUUAGCUGUCAGGAGUAAAGAACACAAAUAUAAUCAUCAGUAUGUCGCUAGUACUCAUUGGCCCCAGUGCUCUAUAGCUACGCUUAGUGUGUGAUGGAGUAUGUGAUAUUACUCUUCCUGAUAACAAUUUAGCAUAGAUUAUAUAUUGGGUGGUAAUUGUGCGAACAAUCCAGAGUGUACUGUUGAAUGAUAGUGGGCUCCAUGCAAACACAUGGACACCUACUGUUUAGGAUGGUAAAGAAGCAGCUAGCAUUUAAUAAAGUAGUAAGAGUGAGAUAUUAGUUAAACAAAAUUGUAGAUUUUGUUGCCCCGGCCAAAUUUACUAAUGGGACAAUCUCCUGAAUACUUUCUGUAUUCCUAUUACAACCCCCUUGGAACAGGACUGUGGAGCCAACAUGGCUGCUACUGAAACCUUACUGGCUGUAGCUCUUGUCUAUCUCCAGCUCUGUACUGACCUAUAAACUGUAUAAAAGAAGUGGACGUAGCCACCGUGACAUCACACAUUGGUAUGUGGACUGCCGUUAUGAGGCCUUGAGAUAGAGUGCUAUCAUGCCUGGUUAGCUAGGUGCAUCCGUAAAUUACAUUUACUGUAAUUGGGUUGCUAAUUUUGGCUAGCGAUAAACAGGCUUAACAGCGGACUGCUUCCAAUAUAUUUUUGUACAACCUAAAGCUGAACAGUUUUUGACAACCAAAACAUGGACAACACCAAAAAACAAGUUUGCGCCUAUUUAAAUGUACAGUGCCAGGGAUUUGCAUUGCUACGUCUGAUUUGCAGGUUGCCCAGGUAGAGAAUUGUCAAUCACAGGGUAGCCACGCCCUACAGCAUACUCUGUUUAUUGUCUAUUUUACCCUAAAUGGGACUAGAAUUACAAAAUGAACAUCAACUAGUGAUUGAGACUGUAAACUUAUUAGGAAACUGUUUACUGAAGUAAUAAAUCAAGUGAGAAGUUGGAUCAUUUUCUCAUCGAAUCGUCCAGAAUCUUUUUGAGACCAGUGGAGUCGCCCCCUGCUGGCCAUUAGAGAGAAUGCAGGUUUAAGACGCUUUCGUAUUAGCUUCACUUUUCAGCCCCAGAGGCUUCGUCCACUUCUUUUAUACAGCCUAUGUACCUCCCUAGCUGUCUGGUCAGCUAAUAUGUUCGUAAGAUGCUGUUGGUCCUUGUGAUGUUAUUUUUUUUUCUAUAGGUUUUAUUUUCUUUCCUUGUACCUUUUAUCUAUUUGUACUUGUUAUUUAUUUAUUGAUUCCACAGUGUUUCUUUGUGAAAUGUGUGUCUGCUUGAAAAAAAAUCUAUUAGU